AUGCAGAACCAGCCACUCAGAAUCAAGCUCCUGGUAGAAGGUGCCACCACCCCUAGGCGGGCCCACUCCACUGAUGCUGGGUAUGAUCUCUUCAGUGCCAUUGACAUUGUUGUGCUGGCGCAAGGUUGGCAGUUGGUGGAUCUCAGGAUCACCAUUGCUGGCAUUGACAUUGGCGCCAGUGUCAUCAAUGGUGGUUAUCAUGGUGGUGUGAAAGCACUCAUUUUCAACCACAACAAUGAGGACUUUAUCAUUGCCUUGGGCGAUUGUGUCACUCAGCUCAUCCUGGAGUGCAUCAUGACACCCAAGGUUGAGAUCAUGAGCAAUCUUGACACCACCAAUCACAGCAAGAACAGAUUCAGUUCCACAGGAGUCAGCAAGAGACUCCAGGUCGAAGCAUAA